CAGUUUGUAUCAAUUUGACAACCCUGGGUGAGGCAGUGCUGCAGACGCUUUGUUUAUUUUCUCGAAUUUUUCCGACUGACUGCAAAACGGAGCCACCAUGCCCGAGUUUAUGCUGUGCAGAAUCUGCUUGACAGACCACAUUAACGCGGACACUAUGUCGCCUCUAUUUGACGACGAGGACGAAGAGUGUCGCGAGCUGGUCCGCAAGCUGGAGGAAGUGGUCAGCAUUAAGCUCGUGCCGUUGCAGGACAUUCCCAGCAUGUUGUGCCUGAACUGCUUGGAAAAGCUGACAAACGCGCAUGAGUUCCGGAGGCUGUGCCAGGUGGCGCUCACCACCAAUGUGGUCAAGGCCGAGCUAAAGGUCGAGCCUACAGAUGAGGUGCCGCACAUAGUAGCGGAGUACAUAUACGAGGCCACCAGCGAUUUCAUCAAUACCGAGGAGGAGGGCAUGGAGCUGGAGGCCAUGCUGGAGGAGCGCCUGGAGGACGGCAUUGCGGAAUCGGAGCAUCCGUACGAAAUGGAUGCCGCGGCGGAUGAACUGGACGAAAACGAGUUGCUGGAGCGGCAAGGCAGCGACAGUGACUACAAUCCCGGGGAGCACUGUCACAAGACUAAGGUGCGUAAGACCCGACACAGCAAGCGGGGUCGUGGACGACCACGCAACUCUGCUGGUGGCCUAACGCAAGGAAAUACCCAGGACAUGGCGUCUGUGCCCUUAAGCUGCAAGUCCUCACCCGAGGAGUCCACCACGAACAUCAUGUGCGAGAUUUGCGGCAAUAUCUACUCGAAGCGGGCGGCGCUGAACAUACACAUGCGUCGCCACCUGGCCGAAAAGCCGUUCGAAUGCGAAAUCUGCAGCAAAACGUUUGCUGGUCCUUCUGAGCUGAAUCGCCACAUUCGUGUGCACACGGGCGAAAAGCCAUUCAUGUGUAAAUACUGCAACCGCUCCUUUGCAGACCGCAGCUCUAACAUACGUCAUGAGAGGACCCACACGAACGAGCGACCUUUCACCUGCCCCACCUGCGGCAAAGCCUUUUCCUAUUCGAAUGUGCUUAAGAACCACAUGCUCACCCACACGGGGGAGAAACCCUUCCUAUGUCGACCGUGCAAUAAGAACUUCUCUCGUAAGCAUCAGCUAGAGCAGCAUAUCGGGACAAUGACCCACCAACUGACUAUGCGAAAACACCAGAAUAACGACGCUAUGCUAUGUACUAGUCCCUAACGAAUGCAAUUAACGUAAACCUUAUUAUUAUUAGUAAUUGUAAAUAAAAAGAGUACAAAUGGUCCGUUUACAAAGAA